GCGUGACUUUGCGUGUGUCGCUGCUGUGGAACAGAUUUCUAGCACGUCUUAAGGAGCGGACUGUUGUCUGUCAGGAUAAAAGCUUUAUUUCCAAACUCAGUUUACUGUGGGGAUUAACGACGAGUGGAUUUUGUUGGCGGAUAAAGACGAAAAACGACGAUUUCCGUCGACAGUUUUUGGGAUACUUUGCCAGAAGUCUCCAAACUGCUUUCCUGGAGGAAAAAAAAAAUCAGAUCGCCAAGUUUCUUCCAUGUUCCAACAAACAAAAAGUUUCAGAUUCUUUAUGGUUUUUCACAGUCCUGUGGUGGAUUAGCUGAUCUGGUUUUCUUGUCUCUCCUGUUGGCUCCUCGAUGACCCUGGAAGGAAUCCUCACCAGUAAAGCCUGAAAACAAAGCCACCACAGAACAGUUCUUCUGUCUGUGGACUUGGCUCUGGAGCUCUGAGGCCGGUUCUUCAGCUCACUCCGACCUGAGACAGGUGGAUGUCUCGGAGAUUCGACAUGUCGUUCUGAGGAGGACUGUGGAUUUGGUGUGAAGCUUGCUCAGACUCCAGGUGGGAUCAUGGGCAAGGAGCAGGAUCUUCUCCAUGCUGUGAAGACCGGAGACCUGGCAUCCACUCAGAAGCUGCUGUCCAAGCUCAGAACCAGCAGAAACAAGUUGCUGGGAUCCACAAAGAGACUGAAUGUGAACUACCAGGACUCUGAUGGGUUUUCAGCACUGCACCACGCCGCACUGACGGGAACCACGGAGCUGCUGUCAGCACUGCUGGAGGCUCAGGCCACUGUGGACAUCAAGGACAGCAAUGGAAUGCGUCCACUGCAUUAUGCUGCCUGGCAGGGAAAAGCUGACUCGGUUCUGUUGCUGCUUCGCUCAGGCGCAUCGGUCAACAGUGUUUCUCUGGACGGACACAUUCCUCUGCACCUGGCUGCUCAGUAUGGACAUUUUGAGGUGUCGGAGAUGCUGCUGCAACAUCAGUCCAACCCGUGUCUGCUGAACAAGGCCAAGAAGACGCCGCUCGAUCUGGCGUGCGAAUUUGGCCGAGUCAAGGUGGCCCAGCUGCUGCUGAGCAGUAACAUGGUGGUGGCGCUGUUGGAAGGGGAACGAAAGGAGCCCACAGAUUCCGCCUUCACCACUCCUCUGCACCUUGCCGCCCGCAAUGGACAUAAGGACAUCAUUCGGUUGCUGAUGAAGGCAGGCAUCGACAUCAACAAGACCACCAAGUCUGGCACGGCCCUGCAUGAAGCCGCCUUGUACGGAAAAACAGAGGUGGUCCGACUUCUCCUCGACGCUGGAGUGGAUGUGAACAUCCGGAACACCUACAACCAGACGGCGCUGGACAUCGUCAACCAGUUCACCACCUCGCACGCCAGCAAGGACAUCAAGCAGCUGCUCCGAGAUGCGACUGGCGUCCUGCAGGUCCGAGCUUUGAAGGACUAUUGGAACGUCCAUGAUCCCACAGCCCUCAACAUUCGUGCUGGUGAUGUCAUCAUGGUGAUUGAGCAGCACGUAGAUGGCCGUUGGAAAGGUCACAUCCAUGACAGCCAGAGGGGGAUGGACAGGGUGGGCUUCUUUCCUCCCUCCAUUGUGGAGAUGAUCAGCAGACGAUUAGGGGGCACCCUGUCCCGGCACGCCUCUUUGCCUACUCAGCGCCAGCAGCUGCUGUCCAGAGCUCCCCUCUCCUCCAGUGUCAGCUCCACCUCUCACACUGAUGACUCCUACACUCUGUAUGCCCCUCCCACACAUGUGGUGCUGCCACUACCCAACGGUCUCAGUACCAACACAGGUUUGUCUUCUGGCUGCCUGUCUCAGCCUGGGUGUCCCCAGGACAUCUGGGUCCUCAGAGACUUGUGCAAUGCUGGGGACCGAAGUAGCGUUGGCAGUACAGGCAGCGUGGGCAGCACCCGCAGUGCCGGCAGUGGACAGAGCACAGAGAGCAACAACGCUCCAAGUGGACUCCAGCACAACAGCACACACCAUGAUAACACUAACAAGGCAGCGCCCUCUGCUGGUGAUUGUGUUCACUCAGACUCGGGCAAACAGCCUGAUCAGGUGGCAGGCGGAACUCCUCGCAAGCAGACUGUUACUGUCCAGAGGGUGGCAGAGCAGGGCUUCUCCCAGCAGUUUGUCCGGCCUCAGCAGCUGUUAGAGGGGAAGGAUUCAGAGGCCAUCUAUGAUUGGCUGAAUGAGUUCCAGCUGGAACAGUACACUGCAAACUUCCUCAGUGCCGGUUAUGACGUCCCAACCAUCAGCAGGAUGACUCCUGAGGAUCUUACUGCCAUUGGAGUCACUAAACCGGGUCAUCGCAAGAAAAUCUCCAUUGAGAUCAACAACCUGAACAUCCCUGAGUGGCUGCCGGAGUACAUCCCGUCUGAUUUGGGUGAGUGGCUCAAUGCCAUUGGACUCCCGCAGUACCAUAAGAAACUCUGUGAAAAUGGCUAUGACUCCAUUAGUAUUGUCAAAGACUUGACGUGGGAGGAUCUGCAGGAGAUCGGCAUCACCAAGCUGGGCCACCAGAAGAAGCUCAUGUUGGCUGUGAAGAAAUUAUGCGACAUCCAGAGGGCAAUCAUUCAGGCAGAAUCUACCCAAGGCACAUUGCAAAGAAAAGGCCCUGGAGACCUCCACCUCGUAACUAUCGAGCCACCUGAUGCUGGCAGUGAAAGCCCGUCACCUCGCACCCCAAAGAUGUUGACCUUUCAGGACAGUGAGCUUAGUCCAGAGUUGCAGUCUGCCAUAUCAAGCCACUACGGAGGCUGCGAAGAUGGCUUGGCCAUCAAGAAUGCAGUGGGAAUAUCCCAUUAUCAGGAGAGCAUCAGUACCCGAUUAAGAGGGUCAGGGCGCUCUCAGGAUCCUCCCACAGCUGCAAUCAUUCCCAGUGCCUGGUCCCAAGACAAUAUGGAGAGGAAUAUCCCAGAAUGCUGGGAUCAGAAGCCAUUACAUCACCAACCGCUGCCCAAGCAGGUACCUCUGGGUACAGCCACCGUCUUUAAAUACCCGGCUAUCCCAGCAAAGCCCAAACUCCCUAGAUCUCAAGGCUCCUCUCCGCACGGCUCUCCAGCACUGAAAGGCUUCAGCUACCUGCAUUCUCAUUGUGGAUCCACAGACCUGGAGCAGACCUCAAAUGUCCCACCUGAAGAUCACAGUCAUGCUCUGGCACCCCUCGCGAAGCGCUCACAGACCCGGACCCGCUAUGCCCUCUCAGAUGGUGAGCUUGAUGAUGACGAUGAGGAGCCUGCUCUUCCUUCUGGAAGCCUGUCAUCAUAUGCCACUUUGACUCGAAAACCUGGCCGGAGCCAACUUGCGCGAUUACAGUCAAGCCCAGAAAAGAAUACCAAUGUGGGACGGAGUCAGUCCUUUGCCGUUCGUGCCCGGAAAAAAGGUCCCCCACCUCCGCCACCCAAGAGACUGAGCUCAGUAAGUAGCACGACCAGUGGUGAGUUGAGUGACUGCAGCACAACAUCUUCCAGUGGUAGUGUUGUGACUGACAGUCCGGGUAAUGUGAGGAGCAUUGCUGCCUCUCUGGAGGGAAGCUCAGAGGUGAAGAACCAUUUAGGCCCUAAGUUAGACCCCAUCCAGCAACAAUCACCUUUCAUCUCUCUCAAAGUUCAAGAACCCCAUGAUGCCACAGGGGUGAAGAGGAGGGCACAGAGCGAGUUUAUUGUCAUCCAAACCAUCAACCCUGAUCAAGACCAAGGGGUGAGAUCUGAUUCUGAGGAAGAAGAAGCAAAGGGACCAGGGAUAGAAUGCUCUUCCUCCCCUCACAACAGCUCCAGCGAGUGCAUCCCCUUUGCCGAGGAGGGCAACCUGACAAUCAAACAGAGGCCCAAGGUUGCAGGACCACCGAGGGCUGAGACCGUGCUGGAACCCCCAGAGAAACUGGCAGCCAAAAACCUGCAGGUGCCAGAGUUUAACCUGAAGGAGUCAGACACAGUGAAACGCAGGCACAAACCCAAGGAAAAAGAAGCUGGAUCCUCGUCUACCAGAGAGGCAGCUACUGGGUUUGAGACUGGCAACAUCAGACCACUUUCCCAGAACCAGGAGGACAUCACUCUCAGGUUCAAAGAGGGGAGGCCAUCAAGUCCAUCUACAGGAUCCCCCAUUAGACCUCCUCUAUCCCCAAAGCCUGCUAUUGCUCCAAAACCUGUCCGUCACAGCCUGCUGGCAGCACAAGCAGCGGCAGCUUCCCCUCCGGCUCUCACUGUCACUGUGGUCCAAAGCGUGGCCUUUACCUCUCCAUCCUCUCCUGUCCGAGCAUCCUCCCCGGCAGCGCCUCGGAACCCCACACCAACAAAGACACAGGUGUCCAUGAUGACCCCGGGCUCCGUCACAGAGGUGUUGUACGGGGCAGAGGUGGUGCAGCAGAGGCUUGAGCAGACGAGUACGUCGCUAGAAGCAGCUCUGAAGGCUGCGGAGAGAAAACUGAACCUGGAGGAUGAUGAAAGUGGGCCGAGUCAAGUGAAGUCUACAGGGAACAUUCUGGAUGACAUCGGCAACAUGUUCGAUGACCUCGCAGACCAGCUGGACGCCAUGUUAGACUGAAUCAGCCCCGCCCACAUCACUCCUCAUCCUCAGGAAAUUGAAAUGUUUUGCUUCCUCUGAACUGAACACUGAGCACAGUCAGAGGAGGCGGAGCUAAUGAUGGAAUAGUCGCCAUUUAGUCAUUCUUUUUUUUUUCACGAACACCAGCACUGAAGCUUCCCAAAGAAAACAAAUUAAGUUUUUGUUUGUUUUAAAUGAUGAAUUUCUUUCAAUAGCAAUAAGACAUUGAUUAUAAAAAUGGUAAGAAAUCAAACCAAUAAUUUGUUCAACAUCAGUAUUUUCAGCGAUUCAAAUCAUCAAGUAAUCUUGCACUGAAGUCAUUCAAUUCUGUGAAAAAACAACAACAAAAAAAUGCAAUAACAAUUUAAAAAAAUUCCAGAAAAGUCUAGGUUUUACCAAAGUUAAUGCCAUAUCAAAAAUAUAAUUUCAAUUUAACAAUUUUUUAAUAAAAAGGUGUUUAAUGCAAUAGUUUGUUUAUAAUAUAGUUUUGUAAUUAACAUACUAAAUUAUUAUAUUUUAACAAACAUUUUAACAGCAUUUCAAUUCUAUUGACCAAGUUAUCACAUUAAAAAAAGGUUCUAUAAUCUAUAAUUAUACAUCUCAUUUUUAAGUUGUAGUCUGGGUAAUGACAACUUCAAAACAGCAAAUCAUUUUAUGAAGUAAUUGUUUCACUUAGUUUCCAGUGAACCUAUUUCUGAAGCACAUCUUUCAGUAACUGUUUUGAGUGCUUCGUUAUAAUGAACCAUUUUCUGAAACUGUUUCACUUAUUGUUUUGUGUGUUUUGACACAAUGAAUGAUUUAGAUCUGAACCAUUGUAUGAAGCAAUCGGUUCAUUUGGUCCAUUGUUUAAAAAAAAAGCUUUGCUUCUGCGAUCAAUGUGCAUGUAAUAGUUUUGUAACAUACAGUGGAGCUAGCAGGUGUCUCUGACUGAACGUCUCAUUUGCGACCUGCAAAACAAAUUGUAUUCGUGCCAGAAGACAUGAAUACAGUGGGCUGGGUUAGACGUGUGGUGAUGUCAUCACUUUACAGCUGCUGUUUUCAGUGUGACGCUAAUUAUCAUCAACAAAACCGGUGAUGUCAUAUUGGCUAAAAAUAUUACAACACGCUCAGAUAGCACAUUCAGCUACAAGCUAACGUGUUUCACAGCAACAGAGGUAAGCUAACUGUGCUGCCAACAGUUGUCAUUGAGUUACUGUAUUUGAACUUUGCAACAGUUUUCAGGCAGAAUUUUGCUGCUUCCAUCGACAUGUCUUUUACCAACAUCCGCCACUAAGUUGUCUUUGUGGAAGUUCUGACAGGACACUGCAUGAUUUACAAAAACAUUUCUAUUUUUAAAAAAACUCAUCAUCUACUGUUAGCUUCCACGCUGUCACAAGUCAGCAGGAUGAUGAAUGUUUGUGUUUAUCAGCCUGUCGGAAUGUCAGAGGUCACUUUUUCCUUUGCGCUGUCAAACCUCUGAACUGCCGAUCAAUCUCAGUCAGCUGAAAAUAAUUUUAUUCCAACAGGUUGCAGCCAAAACACUAGCGUGAUUGUUGUCAUGGCAACUGCAUUUUCCCACAUAAAUCCCAAAUGUGACGGUAGACGUAGAUUUUAUUUUUUUGUAUACGCAGAGCUUUUCUCCAGAGGGGCUAAACCAUAGCGUGGGGCGGUGCUGAGCACCGACAACAGGUUCAGCUUCAGUGUCUUGCUCAAGGACACUUCAACACACAGAUGAGAGGAUUCAGUUAAUAAGUGAGAUUUUAAUAUUUACACUUUUUCAUUAUUAUUUAUCAAUGCAGAACCAAGUGAACUAACAUAACUGUGCACUCAUGUUUUAUUAAAAAAGAAAAGACUCUUGUUUUUCAUAGAGUCCAAUAUUUAGGGCAGCGUAGUGUCCGAGUGGUUUCUCCAAUGUGAUGUGGAGUUAAGCCUGGAAGGGUGUCUAGCGUAAAACUUGUGCCAAAUCAUCAUGCAGGUCUGAGAUGGAUCUGCUGUGGUGACCCCAAAUGGAAAAAAGGGAAAAGCUAAAGAGUUCAACAUUUCAUAUCAGCAAUGUAUUAAUAAACAAAUAUAACAUGAAGCAGGUUGCCUGAAAGAAUGCUUGAGCAGCGGUUCAAUUAUUAAUUUUGUUUUAGUGUUUGGCCAAUUUACAGAUUUUAACUUUUGAAUAUUAAAAAAACAAAAACAUUUCAAGUCAGGUUAAACAUUUUGUAUUUUACAUAUUUCUGCUUCUCUGAAUUCCUGUAUAAAAUGUGUAAAAGUGCAAGAUAAUGUUCAUAAGAAACAAAGCAUGUUGACUCAUAUACUAUUUUUUUAUAUUAAUUCUAGCCAAAA